AUGGAUGAUGAUGGCGAUGGUGAUGGUGAUAGUGAUGCUGGGAGUGACGAGAUGAGGGAUUUGGGGAGUCUUCGAGGGCAAUUGGGGAAGAAAGGUGCAGCUGUGCUGAUACCCUGCGAUGGUGGGGAACUAAAUCGGAAAGAUCGGCAUGAAGCCAUCGCCUCGUCGGCGCCCAUCGAUGCGAUGAAUCCUGCUACAUGUAUUCAAAAAUGGGUUCUUCGAUUGAUGAUAUCUGUUUGUGCGGGACAACUGCCUGGAGCAGUGUCCGGCGAGGUCUGGGCUCUGCAUAAAAUUGCAGAAGCCGGUGGCGAUUUGCCGACCGGCGUACGUGAUCGUUGGGGUAAGAAAUUGGCGAUUAAAUUUUCAUUGAUCGUGGAAAAAUCUCAAUGUUUUGAUUCUGAUGUAUUAGUUGAUUAG